AGAGGGAAUCACAACACUUGACUCAUCUGUGUGUCACUGCUCUUCUCUGCAACACUGAUAGACUCACCGGCACAGAGGGAGAGGGAAACAGUGAGGAGCUGAAAUCAAAGGAAUCUAGUCCGGCUGACUUGGACCGGAGACAUGACCAAAGAGACUGAGACUCUGGGACUAGUUUUUCAGAGCGAGAGCUUCAACUAUAACCAUUACGCAAACUACGGCAUGGACUCCUGGUCCUACCUGGAGAGCCCUGUCCCCGAGCAGAACCACUCCAAACCCAGACUCCAGUCGGGGGAUGACCUGGCAGCGUUAACCAUGCUUUAUGAACAGUGCAAGACCCAGAGGGAACAGAAGAUUGCCAUCUGCAACCGCGGCAGUAACAUCAACAAAAUAUCAGAGAGGACCGCGGGCAACACCAAUGAGCUCGUGUCACUGGAGGCGUCCGCCAACGUCAUGAAGAUCCUCUCCGAGAACAUUCCCACCAGCCAUCCUCAGGAAGCCUUGGGAUCCAAGCAGAACACCUCCCUGGCCAUCUCUGGUCCCACCACCUCAGACACCUACACCACGCUGACCAGUGUGGUGGGCGACACCUACGACAAACAGGAGCUCAAUAUCAUCUUCGACUCGCUGCUGCAGAAGUGGCCGGAGAGCGGCGCUUUCCCCGACCCCAGCAGUGAGACUCUUCCCUACAGCGAUCCCUUCCCAGAGGACCCGUCCAGCCCAGUCUACUCUGGCUCCUACACUGGCUCCCCACCUGAGAGAUUCAGGAGUGAGUUCCAGUUUUCCCUGGGCGCCCCCCUGGCUUCUACUUACAAGUCCAGCGACCUGCCCAUGGUCUACCUGAACAAGGGACAGUUCUACCCCAUCACUCUCCAGGGAGUGGACAGCAGUGCCUGCCUCACCAACAGCAAAGUCAAAACAGUAGUGAUGGCUGUGUUCGAGAAUGACAAGAGCCCAGAAAUGCAGCUCCGCUUUUGGAAUCACUGGCAUGCGCGGCAACCAACCGUCAAGCAGAGGGUCAUUGACAUCGCGGACUACAAAGAAGUGUUCAGUGGCAUUAGCCACAUCGAAGAGGUGGCUUUCAACGCUCUCUCCUUUGUUUGGAACCCCAGUGAAGAAGCCAAGGUGUACAUCGGCAUCAACUCCCUGAGCACAGACUUCUCCUCUCAGAAGGGAGUGAAAGGCCUGCCGCUGAACCUGCAGAUCGACACCUACGACUUCAGCUCAGGAUCCAACCAGCUCAUACACCGAGCCGCCUGCCAGGUCAAGAUCUUCUGCGACAAGGGCGCAGAGAGGAAGAUGCGCGACGAGGAGAGGAAGAGGGGAAAGAGGAGGGGAAAGAGCACGAGUGAGAACGCCAACAAGUCUGUAGUGAGCAGCUCCAUGGGCAGUGAAAGCACCUUCUUCCAGAGGCUGGAUGACCACAUCACCCAGCCAGUUCUCUUUAUCCCAGAAGCACACCUCUCCAGUUUACAGCGCAUGGCCGCUCCCAUGGACGAGACUGAAAGGAAUUCCAUGAAGAGGUUGUAUCCUGACAGAGAGCAGAACAGCCCUCCGACCAAGCAAGCCCGCAGAGAAGACCCACAGAGAGUUAUGUUGUACGUGAGGACGGGCGCUGAGGAGGUGUUUGAUGCACUCAUGCUCAGCACGCCGACACUGUCCGGCCUACAGGAAGCUAUUUCAGAAAAGUACGGUGUGCAAAGAGACACCAUCGGGAAAAUCUACAAAAAAUGCAAGAGAGGGAUAUUUGUCAACAUGGACGACAACAUCAUUGAACACUACACAAACCAGUCGGCCUUCCUCAUUGAGAUGUCAGAGGUGGUGUCCGGUCAGUUCCAGGUCACCCUCGUCGAAGUAUGAGAACGAGUCGGCCGCCUGCUCGAAUUGACGGAUGGAAAAAAAUCAAAUGAAUCCCAGCUGCCGGUUUAGACCACCUGUCGAAGCACUGCCCAGUCAGAGACUAUGUGCGCCGAGAGAACUGGAUUGAAGAAGCCGCUCCAGCUUUUCUGAUUUCAGACCAAAUGUCAAACCGUUUCUUCAUAUUGUAAAUACCACUCGCCCCAGUUCUUAUCAUUUUGUAAUUUGAAUUUAAUAUUUUAACGUAAGAGCAAUUAUAAUGAACAGCCUGUACAUAUAUAAUGUAAAUAGAUUUUAAUAUGACAGUGUUUUAUGAACUAGCCACGUGCAUGUUUAAAUCCAUUUUCCACAAUUUGCUACGAAUUUCAAAAAAGUUUUUUUACAGAGCACGGUGCAUGGUCUGUGUACAGUGUAUUUUCAGCAUUUUAAGAGGUCGCUAUUCUUGCUGCUUUCAGUGUACUCAUCAUUUCUUCUGCGAGAGCCAAUGGUGCGUUUUCACGACUAAAAUGGCCCGACGCCGGCUUGCAUUCAGAACCUGAAGUCACACAUUUCUACCUAUAAAAAACACAAGACUUAGUGUCAAACAUCAUUGAGCCCAAAGCUGUGGGCAGUUCCUGACUGUGUUGUGUGACCACUGAUUCUUUUUCUGCCUGGAAAAAAGUUUUCAUAGUAUGUGUGUGUUAAAGAAUGUGUGUAAAAAGUUUUCCCUUGUACGUUUAUGCAUCAUUUCAAAGCAAACAUGUAUCCCUGUAAUAUUUCAUUAUCAUCCCAUGGCAAUUCUGGUUGUAUUAGUCAAAUCUUGCCCCCUUUUUGUAAGAAAAUUAAAAAAAAAUGAAAUUCA